UUCUAUUGUGUCUCCAAUCCUCUGCAGAAAGACAGACCGUCAGGUAGUAUGACCCGACGUGUGGCAGUGAUCGGGGCGGGUCCCUCAGGUCUGACCAGCAUCAAGAGCUGUCUGGAUGAGGGUCUGGAGCCCACCUGCUUUGAGAGCAGUGAUGACAUCGGGGGGCUGUGGAGGUUCAAGGUGAGGAGACGAGGAAAGGAAGCCAUUUUGGACUAUAGAGAUGCACCCCUCGUAACUGUGCAUCACCAACAGUGUUCCUGGGUGCAUCUGGAAUGACACCUUACUCAGGGUAUAGGGCACAACUUUUGACCAGAGCCCUAUGGGAGGAAAAAAAGGCCCUUUAUAGGAAAUAGUGUCAUUUCAGACAUACCCUUGUGUCUGUGUGUCCACAGGAAACCCCUGAGCCGGGCCGCUCUAGUAUCUACCGCUCCCUGGUGGUGAACACCUCCAAGGAGAUGAUGUGUUUCAGUGACUUCCCUAUGCCAGCUGACUACCCCAACUACAUGCUGCACUCCCAGCUGCUGCAGUACUUCAGGCUCUACGCUCAACACUUUGACCUCCUCAGACACAUCACCUUCCAGGUCACUACUCUCUCUCGUCUUUUCUCGUCUUUUAUCUCUCCUCUCUCUCUCUCCCUCUCUCUUCUCCUCCUUCCCCUGAUGAAGGACCUGUCCAAGUCAUUUAGACUCUACACGACUUUCUAUGAUCUGUUACUGUGUGUGUGUUUCAGACCAGCGUGCUGACCGUGAGACAGAGGCCAGACUUCAGUCGUUCAGGCCAGUGGGAGGUGGUGACAGAGAACAGAGAGGGACAGGAGGAGAGACAUGUCUUUGACGGGGUCCUGGUGUGUUCAGGACACUACACACACCCUGUCUCACCGCUAGACCAGUUCCCAGGUCAGUUUAAAGCAUCUAAACACUAUACACUAUCUAUAAACAAUCUAAACACUAUUUAUACACUAUACUCUAUAUACAGUUUUGAUACACCCAUAGAAGUGUCAACGUUUUGACCAUAAGGUCCUCGUCAAGCCUGUGUGUGUUUUUCCCCCCCCCUUUUUUCUAUGGCAUAUGUUUACAUCUGUGAAGUGUUUUGGAUGUGUGUAGCCAACAGGUACAAUACCUCUUCAACCACCUGAGUGUUGUUUCCCAUGCAGGCCAUGAGUCGUUCCCUGGCCGCUGCCUACACAGCUGGGCGUAUAAGGAUGCUGAUGCAUUCCGGGGGAAGAGGGUGGUGGUGGUGGGGAUCGGGAACUCUGGAGGGGACAUCGCUGUGGAGAUCAGCCGGGCUGCAGAGAAGGUGGGGCUCACCUGUCACAGGAGGACAUAUUUAAGCUAAUACUUUCUUGAGGUACAAAAGCGACCCAGGUUCAAACCCAGUGGUUCUCAUACUAUAAAGAGAGUUUGGCCAUUCAUGUCUGUCUCUCUAUUUCUCUGUUCUCCCAUUUCCCUUUCUUUCUUACAUCCCACCCCCCUAGACCUUCCUGAGUACCCGUAAGGGGGCGUGGGUGAUAGCUCGUAUGUCCAGUAGCGGUCUCCCUCUGGACAUGAUGGCCAUCUCGCGGCUCACCGCCCUGCUGACCUCCCUGCUGCCCAGAGCGCUGGUCAACUGGGCUGCAGAGAGAACCCUUAAUCACCGAUACGACCACCGCCUCUACGGCCUACAGCCCACACACAGGUGACCAGCACCCCACUACAGCCCACACACUGGUGACCAGCACCCUACUACAGCCCACACACAGGUGACCAGCACCAUAUUACAGCCCACACACAGGUGACCAGCACCAUAUUACAGCCCACACACAGGUGACCAGCACCCUACUAUAGCCCACACACAGGUGACCAGCACCAUAUUACAGCCCACACACAGGUGACCAGCACCAUAUUACAGCCCACACACAGGUGACCAGCACCCUACUACAGCCCACACACAGGUGACCAGCACCCUACUACAGCCCAUAUACAGGUGACCAGCACCCUACUACAGCCCACAUACAGGUGACCAGCACCAUAUUACAGCCCACACACAGAUGACCAGCACCCUACUACAGCCAACACACCGGUGACCAGCACCCUACUACAGCCAACACACCGGUGACCAGCACCCUACUACAGCCCGAAACAUAGGUGUGACAAAUAUGCAAAUGCACUAUGGCAACAUUUGAAAAUAUGAAAAACUAAGAAAAAACGAUCUCUCAUUUCUCUCUCUCUCUGUCCUCCCAGGCUGCUAGAGCGGAAGCCGCUGAUCAACGAUGACCUCCCAGGCCGUAUACUGCAGGGGGCAGUAGUGCUGAAGCCAGACCUGAGAGGGUUCCAGGGGUCCAGACUGCUGUUCCAGGAUGGAACCGCGGAGGAGGACAUUGAUGCAGUAGUCUUCUGUACCGGAUACAAUGGGACCUUCUCCUUCCUGCCCCCGUCACUAUGUCCAGGACCUGGGGGGGAGCUCACGCUGUACAGGUGCUUUAUAAUACUGGCCUGGACAGACGGUCAAAUCCUUACUUCCACUUAAGUCUAAUAUUUGCUCAGUCAUGAAUUGAUGUCAAUAGAGCAAGUUACAUUUCGACUUUAGGUACAGUUUGAAAUUUAGUCUGGUGGUCCCAAAUAGGGGAGGGUUGUGUGUUUUUUUUAUUGGGCACAGGGGAGGGUAGUGCAUUCACCCUUUUGCAGGUUUUACUAUAUCAUUUCUUCCAUCCUAGCCAAAUUUCCUCAUCUGCUUGCAUGCGCCUCCCCUAUAUUUUAUUUUUAUUUCAAGGUGUUUUAGUACUUCCCUUAUGCCAAGGCUAUUCAACUGGCGGCCUGCGUGCCAGAUCCGGCAGAUCCGGCCCGUUUAUUAAUAUAGACUGGCCCUUUGACCAUUAAUAAAAUAUCUGCAAAAAAAUCCCUGCUAAAAUCCGACUUUCAGUGACAAAAUGACGAGCACUAUUGUAGUUGUCUAUAGUGUGGUUUCUAUCCGUUUCUAGCGCCUAUGUGGCAUGUUGAUAAUUGUUUCUUUAUAUGAAUUUGGCUCUACCGUUUGAAUGGUUUAUGCUACAAAAUAUUAUGAGCCCAUUCCUUAAAGCUACAAUUUUUGGUGGGGUUGCACCUCGACUCACGUUGGCUGAGGGCCCUCCACUUCUUUCCUAGUUACUUUUAGCAACAUUUCAUUGUAAGAAAACUGCUUUAUUGGUGUGUGUGCAUUGCUUUUUAAUACAGUUCUUCCAAAGAAUAAUCGCAUGUGGAAAAUGUCCGGCCCCCCUGCAAUUAACCUUUUUUUACAUCUGGUCCCUGUAAGAAUAUAGUUGAAUAGCCCUGCCAUAUGCACUACGCUUUUCCACACGCUAACUAUACCACAGGUCAAUAUAGUCUAUCAGUCUGUCUAUCCUGCCCUUUAGCCACCAUUCAAAGUGACAAUAGUUGUAUAGGUGGAUAGUUUGUCCAGAGGGAUAUCCUACGAAGCAAGAUAGAUCUACUCAGGGUUUUUAAAGCUAACCAGCUUCAGUUAGUUUCACAUUCCAGCUUAUCCGUACUACGCUGGUGGAUAUUGCUUGUCUGCCUGCCUCUAACUGAACUCUAGCAGGCUUGUAACUGCACGUGCAUGGGUGAGACAGUGCUGCAUUUUUUUUUGCACUAAAAUCAAAACGAAAGAAAAGUUAUCUUGCAAAUUCAGCAGGCUAUGGUGUGAAAUAGGCUUUUAGAAGUGCCGUCUUUAUUUUAUUACUUGUCGUUAAUGCUGUCUUUGUUGUGCUUGGUGUGCUUAUCAGUGCACAAGCACCUUUUUUCCUACUCCUACUGAACAUUUUUACAUUGUGUGAAGUUUAAAGUGCAUUCUGUCUUUACUAAAUGUUCAGUUUAAACUCUGUUCAACCCCAGCUCUCCCGGGCUUGACCUGAAGAUUGAUUGUUGGACAUGACAGGUCCAUACUUAAUCUUUCAAACAUACAUAAACCCCACCUCAUCAUGCUGUAAUCAAUCAAGAAGUGUCACGUUCGUUUACAGACGGGUCAGACCAAGGCGCAGCGUGAUAUGCGUACAUGUUUAUUAUACUGAUAAACACCACGACAAAACAACAAAGGAAACGUGAAGUCCAAGGUACACAAACAACAUACCUCACACGGAACAAGAUCCCACAACCCACUAGUGCCAAUAGGCUGCCUAAGUAUGGUCCCCAAUCAGAGACAACGAGCGACAGCUGCCUCUGAUUAGGAACCACACCGGCCAACAUAGAAAUAGACAUACUAGAAUAUCAACAUAGAAAUAUACAACAUAGAACAUACACACCCUGACUCAACAUAUACGAGUCCCCUGAGUCAGGGCGUGACAAGAAGAUAGCCAAGGAGAGACAAAGGUUUAGCCUGAACUCUGUUCAACCCUUGCUCGUUCCAGGGAUAUGCCUAAGGCAGGGGUGUCAAACUCAUUCCAUGGAGGGCCUAGUGUCUGCAGGUUUUUGGUUUUUCCUUUCAAUUAAGCCCUAGACAACCAGGUGUGGGGAGUUCUUUACUAAUUAGUGACCUUAAUUCAUCAAUCAAGGACAAGGGAGGAGUGAAAACCCGCAGCCACUAGGCCCUCCGUGGAAUGAGUUUGACACGUGGCCUAAGGAGAGCCACAGGGUCAUAGUCUGGUUGCAGUCACAGAUAACAUAAGACAACUGUAGAAUUUGACCCAAUGACAGGGCAGAUGCCCAUCUUACACACACACAAACCUAGUGAGAGGAAUUCACUAAGUUCUUGCCUAGCAACAGCAAUGUACCAAUGUUUAAUUAUGACUCCUUGUUUGUCAUGUGUGUAAUUAACUUUGUUUAUCUCAUAGUUUACAGAAAAAUCACAAUCAAUAGCUCACCUCCAGAGUAUGCAUCAUGUUAAGUUAAUAAUAAUUUCAGGCAGUGAGCAAGGUACGCUGUACCAAUCUCCGUGCAGGAAGGAAACACAGAACCACACAGGUGGAGGCUAGGGUGGUGGGUGGGUGCAUGCAAGAAAAUGCAACUGCAUACUAUCCAGCAACCAACAGCAGGAGAGAUAGCAGAGAAUGAGUGAGUAAAACUGAUAAGCUUAUUAGACCGCCAUAUUAAGGUAGGAAGUGUUUGUAGAAUAUGAUUAGUGCAACGUCAGCUGAUGCAUCGCUGAAGCCUAUACUUGGGUUCCCUGUAUGAACUAGCGCUGAGCUUAACCUCUUAAGGAUCAGACUCUUUUUUUUCAAUUUUGGCCUAAAAUGACAUACCCAAAUCUAACUGCCUGUAGCUCAGGACCUGAAGCAAGGAUAUGCAUAUUCCUGAUACCAUUUGAAAGGAAACACUUUGAAGGUUGUGGAAAUGUGAAAUUAAUGUAGAAGAAUAUAACACAUUAGAUCUGGUAAAAGAUAAUACAAACAAAAAAACAUGCGUUUUCUAUUUAUUUUUUUGUUCCAUCAUCUUUGAAAUGCAAUAGAAAGGCCACAAUAUAAUAUUGCAGUUUAGGUGCAAUUUAGAUUCUGGACACUAGAUGGCAGCAGUGUGUGUGCAAAGUUUCAGAUUGAUCCAGUGAAACAUUGCAAUACUGGACUAUUUUGUCUGCCCAAAUGUGCCGAAUUGGUGAAUUGAUACAUUUUCAAAUACAUAACUAUAGAGAACAUACAACAAUGAUAUGGUAGUACAAAAUAUAAGUUUACACAUUCCAGGAAUGUCAUACAUGAUGGAUCAUUUGCUUAUUCACUAACUUUCACACAUCUAGAUGGCCGGGCGGGGUGGGUGUGGAGCCAGAGACAGCAGGGGUUCAAACUGUAGAACCCAGUUCCUACAUUUGAAUAUAAAAAUGGAUUUUAUCAAACAAAACUAUGCUACAUUUUAUCUCUGGGACCCUUAGGAUGACAAAUCAGAGCAAGAUUACUGAAUGUAAGUACAUUAUUUACCUUCAGAGGUUAAUGUAUCAAACCAGUUGCCCUGAUGAGUUUUUUGUUGUUGUGCACUCUCCUCAAACAAUAGCAUGGUAGUUUUUCACUGUAAUAGCUACUGUGAAUUGGACAGUGCUGUUAGAUUAACAAGAAUUUGAGCUUUCUGCCCAUAUAAGACAUGUCUAUGUCCUGGAAAGUUUGCUGUUACUUACAACAGUCAUGCUAAUCACAUUAGCGCACGUUAGCUCAACCGUCCCGUACACGGGACGCCGAUCCCGUAGAGGUUAAUGAGUAUGAGGGGGGAGGGUGUGCAAUUUAUUUUACAGUACAAGGAGAGGGUCAUAUGAAUAUAUUUUCUAUGUUGGGGAGGGGGGUGCAUUUCUUUUAUGACACUUUGAUUUGGACCAGCCCACCCAUCCCCUCCCUCCCCUCCCAGUAAAUUUUGAACUGUCCCUAAGUGAAUGUUAGGAUUUGCUCCUUUAAGAUACAGAAGAUAGAUCAACACUUGAUAGAUCCAAGAGGGGAAAUGGUGUCAUACUGUAUAAUUAACUGUAAAUUGCUUUAGGUAAAAGUGGUUGUGUUAUUUUAUUCCAGACGGGUGUUCCCUCCAGCUCUCGAGCGCCCCACGCUGGCCAUCAUGGGUCUGUUCCAGACUAAAGGACCCAUCUUUCCUGCAGUGGAGAUGCAGGCCCGCUGGGUCGCAAGGGUCAUCGCAGGUACACACAUACCUGGUCUAAACUAAUCUUGGCAACCCAAACCCGAAAAUCUCACAAACUACAAUACCAUUUAUCUUACAUAGUCUGUCCACAAGAGAUUAGGUCUAAACACACACACACAUUGGAACGACACAGACCUGUCUGAAUACACACACCUGGCAAACACAGCAAAGUUAGAAUUCUUCAUGGUUGUUUGUUGAAGGGUUGACCCAGCUCCCACCACAGAAAACGAUGCUGUCCAAAAUCGAGAUGGAGACAAAGAGGAACAUGAAGAGGUAAACAACAUGAAGAAGAGCUGCCUCAAUACCAGUAGCCAUUAGCCUUGCUUUGUCAUGAGUGAUUACCUUUGCUGUGACCUGCAGACUUGUCAAUUCCCAAAUCUAGGGCCUAGGCUUUUGUUCAGCGUGAAAUUAAGGCCUAGAGGUCACAAACGCCUUCUCUCUCCUCCCAACUUCUCUCUCUUUCUCCCUCUCCUCCGUCCUCUCCCCUUCUCUCUCUCAGUUACCCGUGUCCUAGACAGGCAGCUCUCCAGGUGGAUUAUAUACCAUACCUGGACUCCCUGGCUGAGCAGGUGGGGGUUCGUCCCAACAUCCUAGGGCUGCUGCUGAGGGAGCCUGGUGUGGGGCUGCGUGUGCUGCUGGGGCCCUGCACCCCUUACCAGUACCGUCUGAGAGGGCCAGGAAAGUGGGACGGGGCCCGACAGGCAAUCCUCACUCAGUGGGAGCGCGUAGCCCAGCCCUUCAGAACCAGGUAGGUAGCCCAAAGGGUAGAAGGGCAGAUUCAUUUCCCCUUGGGAAUCAAUAGAAUAUCAUCUCUUAUUUUUUAUUUUUUUAUUCUAUUGCAGGCUGGAGCCAGAGCCCCCCAGGCCCCGGGUCCUUCUGUCCCCCUGGCUGAUCACCCUGUCCGGGGGAGCUGUGAUGCUAGCUGUGGUCCUCUCCCAGUGUAAACUGACCUCAGCUCUACAGGACCUACUACAGGACCCAGCUCACCUGCCGGACUGGCUCUCAGCACUACUGGGGGGCUCGGAGUAG